CAACUAUAUAAGCCAUCCAUCUCUAACUCAGCCGAUGCGGUGCCGCCCGUGCUGCCCACAUCCCUAUUCUCUUCUCCUCCUCUACAAACUUUCCUCAAAAAGAAAAACAAAGAUUAUUUAUUCAUUUAUUCAGUUAUUUUUUUGGUUCCUUUAAUUGUUGGAAACAAUGGCUCAGGUUCAGGUCCAACCACAAGCUCCAGUGACUGCUGCUGCAAAUGGAGUUGCAGGCCACGGUGUUGGAGUGCAACAGUUUGUGUCAACAGCUCUUUACAUUGGAGAUCUUGACCCCAAUGUCAACGAUUCGCAACUUUAUGAUUUCUUUAAUCAGGUGGGUCAAGUCAUGUCUGUUCGGGUCUGUAGAGACUUGAGCACCCGCCGCUCUCUCGGUUACGGCUACGUUAAUUAUAGUAACCCCCAUGAUGCGGCAAGGGCUUUGGAUGUUUUGAAUUUUACUCCUCUGAAUGGCAAGCCAAUUAGGAUAAUGUACUCUUAUCGUGACCCUACUAUUCGUAAAAGUGGGUCUGGAAAUAUAUUUAUCAAGAAUUUGGACAAGUCAAUCGACAAUAAAGCUCUACAUGAUACCUUUUCGACAUUUGGGAAUAUUUUAUCUUGCAAGGUGGCUACUGACCUUUCUGGUCAAUCAAAAGGGUAUGGUUUUGUACAAUUUGAUAACGAGGAAUCCGCUAAAAAUGCAAUUGACAAGCUGAAUGGCAUGCUACUGAAUGACAAGCAAGUAUUUGUUGGGCCCUUCCUGCGUAAGCAGGAAAGAGAUUCUUCUACGGAGAAGAUAAAAUUUAACAAUGUUUAUGUUAAGAAUCUUUCAGAAUCAACAACUGAGGACGAUCUAAAGAAAUUUUUUGGUGAAUAUGGAACUAUUACUAGCUCUGUAGUUAUGAGAGAUGCAGAUGGAAAAUCCAAAUGUUUUGGAUUUGUCAAUUUUGAAGAUCCAGAUGAUGCAGCUCAAGCUGUUGAGGCUCUUAAUGGAAAGAAGUUUGAUGAUAAGGAGUGGUAUGUAGGGAAAGCACAGAAGAAGCAUGAAAGAGAAGUUGAAUUGAAAGGGCGGUUUGAGCAGAGCUUGAAGGAGGCUGUGGAUAAAUUUGAAGGACUUAAUUUAUAUGUUAAAAAUCUAGAUGAUAGCAUCACUGAUGAUAAACUAAAGGAAUUAUUCACAGAAUUUGGCACAAUUACGUCGUGCAAGGUUAUGCGUGAUCCUAAUGGUUUAAGUAGAGGAUCAGGAUUUGUUGCCUUUUCAACUGCUGAGGAAGCAUCUCUAGCUCUCAUGGAGAUGAAUGGUAAAAUGGUAGUUAGCAAACCACUUUAUGUUGCUCUUGCACAGCGAAAAGAAGAAAGAAGAGCAAGGUUGCAGGCACAGUUCUCACAAAUGCGUCCUGCUGCUAUUGGUCCUGCAGUUGCCCCUCGUAUGCCCAUGUAUCCACCUGGUGCUCCAGGUCUUGGACAGCAACUAUUUUAUGGUCAAGGGCCUCCUAUCAUUCCUCCCCAACCUGGAUUUGGAUAUCAGCAGCAACUUGUCCCUGGAAUGAGGCCAAACUUUUUUGUGCCAAUGGUCCAGCCAGGUCAGCAGAAUCAGCGGCCUGGAGGCAGACGAUCUGGAGCUGGGCCCCUGCCACAAGCACAGCAACCUAUUCCACUAAUGCAGCCACAGGUAUCAGUAAUCUGUCAUCUAAAUUUUCUUUUGUGUGAUACUUUAGGCCCAGUUUUACAUCAAGUUAUCUGUUUUAUAUGUGCUAUUCCUCACAGAUGA